AUGGAUUCCAAAGUCACGAAAAUCCGUCACAAUCUUGAUUCCAUCAUCAAAUACCUAACUCCAUUGCUGCCACUAGCUAACUGCCAUAUGGUGGAGUUUCUAACACACAAUCACUGGGAGAAGCUUCUACCAAGACCACUGACGGAAAGUUUGGAUUCUAUGGAGCUGAAUGAUGCCGUUGAGAACUUCUGGAUGAGUCUGGAUGUGAAGAAUUGUACCUCAGAGCUAGACAAAUGGAUUGUCAACGCCCGGUCACAUUGUAUAUUAGCUAACAAUGAUUACUGCCUGACUAGAGAACAACUGAGUGAUCGUAUCAAAGCUUGGGGAGGAGAGAUCAAGCCUGAGAUUAAAGUCUCAGAGUUUAUGAACAGCAAGAAAAGUUAUGAGGUGCAAACAAUGAGUGGUCUAGUGGCGUCUCUCCACGAAGUAUGCGGCAGUUCGUGUUGUGUGGAGGUGGGCGGCGGGCGUGGUCACCUCCUGACGUCACUGAGUCUCUCGCACGGAGCGCCCAGUCUCACGGUAGACUGCGAUGAGACCUAUGUGCGCGCGGCCGCUGACCGGGCUAGAAAGAUUAGUAAACAAUGGCACGCGAUAGCGAAGAAGAUUCACAACGGCACUGAAGAGCGGGUGGCUCGUCACACGGGCGACUUGCAUCGCUUCGCGGCAGCGUUCGUGACCAGCGAGACCGACCUCGCCGGCGUGGUGCGCCAGAGCUUCCCGGAAUAUAAAGAUGAUGGCGUCACUGUGUUGCUUACUGGUCUCCACACUUGCGGUAACCUAGGUCCGGAUUCUCUGCGUAUCUUUACCCACCAGCCGACAACAGCAGCUGUUUUCAACGUGCCAUGUUGCUAUCAUCUGCUAACUGAACAAAUAGAUGAAGGGUUGUUCGACGUCUUCCAAAGGAAUUACGGAGGUCAAAAUGGAAUGACUGGGUUCCCCAUGUCAGAGCAUUUAAAAGGUUUGAACCUCGGUAGGAAUGCCCGGAUGCUUGCUGCUCAGUCCAUAGACCGCGUGUUACAUCAUCGUCAGCUACCUAACAAGAGUUUAAUUUACAGAGCUUUGCUUCAGGUAAUAAUUAAACAACAUUUACCAGACGCUGUUCUCUCUGAAGGAAAGCUCAAACGCAUCGCGAAAUGCGAGACUUUCCAACAGUAUUUCAAAAUGGCCGACUCGAUAUUGAAACUAAACAUAAUGGAUAACUUGCCCGAAAAAUAUUUACAAGAAUUACACAAAGAAAUGGAUGGACAAUGGAAAAAACUAGUGCUAUUUUAUUUAUUAAGGUUAUGUCUAGCUCAAGUUAUUGAAAGUGUAAUAUUAUUAGAUAGGUUGUUGUAUUUAUGUGAAAAUGGGUUCGAUAAGGUGUUUUUAGUUAAAUUAUUUGAUCCUGUUUUAUCGCCGCGAUGUCACAGCUUAGUCGCUGUUAGAUAGGCAACAUCGCAGAUUUUGUUUGCAUUGCGCACUUACUUUUAUAUGCGCAAAUGUCAAAUUGCAAUAUUGCUUUCUUAGAUGAACUGCUUCGAUGUGGCCAUUUUAACCCCCCUGAUCAACACACAUUUCUUCUUUAUUUAAUUUAUGGACAUAAUUGUAAUGAUUUUUUUUUUGAUCAUGAAAUAAAGUGAUUAUAAAAGUA